AUCGACAUCCUGGUAUUUAUGUAGAUCUAUCCUGGUCCUGGUACAAUUACACGUGUACAUUCUGGUGAAAUUUGCGUUACUCGUAGUUACGCACUCCACUACUUUCCGGUCACCGCAAGAUCUCGUCACGUCUCCCCAUCUGCUACAACAAUUGCUACAAUCAACCAACUAGCACGGCUACACAUUGAGUAGGGGAAUUCCCGUCGACAUGGUCAACCUGCGCCGACGUUGUCGACGCGAUUUCGUGCGCGGAUUCGUCGUCUUCGCCGUGCUCUCCACGUUCGCUCUCUUCUUCUACGUCACCAUCGACGCCCGACUGCAAAACAACGAGGACCUGCUCGACAUGCGACGUCGGCGAGCGGAUUACUUGCAGCGGAGAUUUCUGCAGCGGUUUGUUGAUAAAGUGCAAGCCGUUGCAAACAAGGACAGUAGGCAUAUACCGCCACCUCGCCGCGUGCGUUUAAAUGCGACAUCCGACGAGGAGAGGCGACAGGAAGGUGAGAAAGUGGAGAAGGAGGCGGAUGGUGAUGAGAUGUACGUUGUGAGGAGUAAUCAACUGCCGUUGCCGAAUUACAAUCUUCAUGCAUUUUAUUAUCCGUGGUAUGGCUCCCCUGACGUCGAUGGAAAUUAUAUGCACUGGAAUCAUGUCUAUAUGCCGCAUUGGGACAAGAAAGAGGCGACAAAAUGGAGGACUGGCCGGCAUGUGCCACCUCAUGAUGUCGGAUCGAAUUUUUAUCCGCAACUCGGGGCAUACAGCUCUCGAAAUCGGACUGUGCUACAUAUACAUAUGCUGCAGAUGAGGACUGCCGGGAUCGGAGUGUUAGUCGUGUCCUGGUUUCCUCCCAACAGGCACGAUCCGAAUGGAAGUGGUUUGGAUAGUGUGAUGCCUAGAAUUUUGGAUAUCGCCCAUCAACAUAAAUUGAAAGUAGCAAUGCAUAGUGAACCAUAUGAUGGACGCCAAGGCCAGAGGCUAUACGAUGAUUUGAAGUAUUUUGUUGACACAUACGGCGAGCAUCCUGCUCUCUAUAGAGUCGAGAGGAAGAACGGCUCACCUGCAUUGCCGAUGAUCUACGUCUAUGAUUCGUAUUUUACUCCAACGGAAGACUGGGUGAAUCUAUUACAUCCGAAUGGUAAACUCUCUAUCAGAGGCAGCAAAUAUGAUUGCAUAUGCAUCACUUUGCUCGUGCAGCAAGGCCAUAAAGAGUUGCUUCAGCGGGCAAAUUUCGAUGGUUUCUAUACUUACUUUGCUACUAAUGGCUUCACGUAUGGCAGCACACAACGCAACUGGUAUAGUCUGAAACAAAUGGCCAAUCAAUUAGGGAAAAUAUUUAUUCCCUCAGUUGGUCCUGGGUAUGUUGACACACGUGUGAGGCCUUGGAAUAAAGCAAAUAUUCGUGACCGUCAGCAUGGAAUGUAUUAUGCCAGUAGUUUCCAAGCAGCACUGCAGUUGAAGACACGCUUUGUAUCGAUUACGUCUUUCAAUGAGUGGCACGAAGGCACACAAAUUGAACCUGCAAUACCAAAGGCUAUCGAUGACUUCACAUACUUGGACUACAGUCCACUCAAACCAGAUGCAUAUCUAGAGGCUACACGAACUUGGGCUCAGUUAGUAGGCAAGUAGUAAUCAUCCUACUGAAUAAUUGAUGCUGUUUUGUUAGAAAGGUUUCUUGCUCUGAUAGUGGUAUCUUGAUGUAAUUAACGCUAUUUUUACAAAUCUACAUAAAUGUGUUGUAAUGAUU